AAGCGACCGAUACUUUUAGAGUUGAGCGAGGGCUGAGAGGUUGCUGCCCGUGUCCUGUACUACACCUAAUACCUCCUCAACCCUCAACUCAGUAUCAGUCUUGCUUUCGUCAGAAUAAUCGAGCAGCAGGUAACUCUCGCCGUUCUAUGCACCCUGCUCACUCUUUGACUCGUCUUCAAAGCCCUUCUCGCCGCAGUGUAUCACCAUCAGUCCUUUUUAGACGGGCUUAAAACAGUGGCAGGAUUACCCUUGUGCUAUUUAGCUUACGCGUUCUCUUACUCUAACCGCUCUUGCUCAAUCUGUUCUUUCGGUCGUUUUCAUUUGGCACAAAAGUAUUCACUUUCUAUCGUCAUUCUCUAUGAGUUCACCUACUACUCCUGCCAAUGGCCACUCCUCUGACGAUGACAGAAAGCAGGGUCCCCCUGCUUUUCUUGACCUCGCGGAUUCGGCGGCAAGAUAUGGCACUAAUGCGAACGACAUUUCUAUCCGUACCCUCAAGCGUAUGGAACAUGAGCGUCAGCGCGUCCUCCAGCGCAAGAUGUUUGAGGACCAGAUGCGGGCCUUAGAGCAACAACAGGCGAAGGAGUUGCUCACCAUUCCUUUGGAGAACCAGCAUCUCGCCGUCUCUGCUCCGACCACUCCUCCACGCAUCAAUGCUAUCUUGCAUAAUGGAGAACACUCCCCUGGUCUAGGCUCCGGCCUUUCUCAGUCCUCAGUAGAUGCAGAGAUACUUUCGAGGGCGGUUGGGUCCGUUUCGGAUAAACGCAAGUCUGUUACUUAUGCACCCUCGGUGAAUAACUCUCCGGAGAAUGGUUCCUCCAACGGUCUUACAAGCUUCGCUCGUCCUGGAGGUGCCAAGAGCAUGCCUGCUAGUAGGCGUACUUCAGCUAGCGAGCACGACGAAGACCUCGCCGGUCAUCUUGAAGGAUUGUCUCUCGCCGGCCAACGGGUCCCCACACCUUCGGGAAACGUUCCACAACAAAUUCUGAUUUCUGCCAACGGCCGAUACUUAGGAGAUGGCAUUAUGUACGGGAACCAGCUCAACGCUGGUAUGAUGUUGGAUCAACAGUUGGAUCAGGAGAUGCAUACAGAUGCUAUGCGUAACCUCCCAACAUCUGAUGAAGACAAGUUUAUGCACGGUUACCCUCGCAAGUUGUCUACUUCAUCGGCAGCAUUGGACCUCGCUCCGCUGUCCCAGACGCCUUCUCGCUCUUCGCUCGUUGGAAGGACAGUUGACAACCGUGAAAAGACCUCUGAGUGGCCUCAGUUCACGGGCAACCGACGACCCGACGGUCGUAAUGAACGCCGCAACGUUACCAACCCGACGCUUGGGGUCUCGGCGUUGAAUGAGCUGUCUCCUAAAGGUUCGGGCACCGCUUCUGGUACAGCGACGCCACACAUCCAGCAUAUGCCUCAGGGUAUGAUGCAAGGACUUUCUUCUCGCAGAGGCUCUCCGUUGGGAAUGACCGAGGAUAUCAUUACAACAGCCCGGUCUGUGCCAGCCACCCCUUUACCUGGCGGACCUGGGUCCACCCCUCUACUUAAAGCCCCGACGACGCCUCAGUCUGCAGAGGCUCAGAAUCUUCAGGCUCUGCUCAACGCUCAGUCUGGCAGGAACCUCAACGAGAGCCCCGUGAGUGAGCUCCGUCCCUCUUUGACUCGUAUGCCCUCCGCGCAAUUUGAUGCGGGUACCUUGGCAUUCAACGCAAGCGUUGAUGAGGCUGCUCAGUACGGCGUCGACGCUACUUUCGACGUAAACAACGCUAUCGACAAUGCUCGUUACGGCAGUUACGCGUACGACAACGCUCGUGCGCCGAGUUCAGCAGGUGCUGGUUCUACUGCCUUGUAUCACCACAAUGGGACAAGAUACGGACUUGGUAUGAACGGACGACCCGGUGGCGCUGACGGCAAGAUGAACGGACUUCAUGGGCCAAAGCACAAGCGAGGUGACAUUGACAGGGAGUUCAACCGAUUUGCCGGCAUGCGGCUCGAAGACCUCGUUGGCGAGAUUCCAGCUCUUUGUAAGGAUCAGCAUGGUUGCCGUUACCUUCAGAAGAAAUUGGAGGAGGGCGUUCCAGAGCAUCGUGAUAUGAUCUUCCGUGAGACAUUCAGUCAUUUCGCGGAGUUGAUGACAGAUCCUUUCGGCAACUAUCUCUGCCAAAAACUAUUGGAAUACUCUACCGAUGACCAGCGGAACGUCAUUUGCGAGUCGGUAGCACAGGACUUGGUCAACAUCUCAUUGAACAUGCACGGAACCCGUGCGGUUCAGAAGAUGAUUGACUUCCUGUCGACGCGCAGACAGGCUGACCCCAAAUACAACGUCCAGAUCCAUUCCAUUAUUGUUGCUCUGAGCCUUUCUGUCGUCGUGUUGAUCAAAGACUUGAACGGCAACCACGUUAUUCAGAAAUGCUUGAACAAACUUGCGCCCGAAGACAAUCAGUUCAUCUACAAUGCUGUCGCUGCGAACUGUGUCGAAGUGGCUACUCACCGUCACGGUUGCUGCGUCCUCCAACGAUGCAUUGACCAUGCUUCGGACAACCAACGCAUCCAACUCGUCAACGAAAUAACUUACAACGCCUUAACUCUCGUGCAGGACCCAUAUGGCAACUACGUUGUGCAAUAUAUCCUUGAUUUGAACGAUAAUCGCUUCAGCGAUGCUGUCAUUCGUCAGUUCACUGGCAACGUUUGUGCCCUGUCUGUCCAGAAGUUUAGUUCGAACGUCAUUGAGAAGUGCGUCCGAGUGGCCGAGCACAACACGAGGAAGAUGCUGAUCGGCGAGCUUCUGAACCGAACACGUCUCGAGAAGUUGCUCCGUGACUCCUAUGGUAACUAUUGCGUGCAGACGGCCUUGGAUUAUGCCGAGCCUGCUCAACGUGCAUUACUGGUGGAGGGCAUACGGCCAGUACUUCCCCUAAUCCGCAACACACCCUAUGGCAAGCGUAUUCAGAACAAGUUGCAGCGUGAACAGGUUGAUGGUUAUGGUGGAGGAUAUAACGGCGGGAUGCGCAGCCAGGGGAUAAACCCUCAGAUCGCCCACCAGCCCUUGCACCACGCUAACCACCUAGAGCCCUACGGUGUCCAGAAUGGUCUUUAUCCCCAGCAGAACGGUUCCAACCUCCAUGCCCAGGGUGGACACAUACAUGCGCUCCAAGGACAUUCCAUCGACAGCUACGUGUUGCAAAAUCAUCACAAUCACAGUCCCGGAAUGACCCCUCCACAUUCGCACUCUACUGGUUUCUCUGGCGUGCCUACCUAUGCCAACCAACACGCUACCUUCCCUAUCUCUGGUACCAACGGUUCAUUGAAUGACCAUUACCAACAGCCCGCCUUUGGAUACAGUAUGUGAGGUCAGGUUUCCGUCGCAUUCGCUGUCAUUUCGUGGACAUUUGUGCUUCGUCGAGGUUUGCUCUCCCGUCAAAUUAUAUCUAUACGCUUAUAGACUGUUUGUUGGACAACCGACAAGCAACACCUAUGGCUUAUGUUCUCUCUUGUUCAAGCUAACUUUUUUGGUACUACCCCUCGGGCUUCGGGCGCUCGAAGAUAUCCUCUCCGUAAUCCGCAAUUGUAUUCCACCCACAUCUGCAAUUCUCAUCGCACCCUCGCUUUCUCUGGCAUCUUUAUUUCUUCUUUGUACAGCGUACUCUUUCACUUGUACAGCGUACCAUUCAACACACAUCAUUAAACCUGUUUAGUUUGUUUCUAUAGUAUACAUAUCAUCACCGCGCUAUUGUCAAUGUGUAGUUGUCCUGCAAUCCAUGGCUUCCGGUAUUGGUCUUGUUGUUCAUUUGUCGCCGUGCGUGGACGCAAGCCCGUGAUCGAGGUCUA